AUGUCUGAAUCGAUUUUCGAUUGUUCAAUUUGUUGUGAAAAAUUUGAUGAAACUAUACAUAGCCCAAAAGUUUUACGUGAGUUCAAAAUUCAGAAUAAUUUAGAUAAAAACUACAUAAAUUUGCAGAAUGUGGUCAUACAUUUUGCAAUAGUUGUUUGUUGGCAGAUAAGAAAACAGAAUCUGUCAGGUGUUUUCAAUGUCGUGCAAUAUCAGAGUGGAAUAAGACAGUCAAAAACUUCAUCAUAUUGUCAAAUUUGCCGCAAGAACCUUCGACUAAUACAAACGCAAUUUCUUUGCAAAGGUCAAAUUUUCAGAAUAUGGAAGCACUUUCUGAAAUUGCAUCGAUUUUAUUUAAAUAUCGAAAAACAAUAUCGAAUAAUUUUUCCGUUUCUACAUACUUGAACUUUGAUUUUCACAAUCAGUAACUUGAAAUUGAAUUUUUCAAUAAACCAAUCAAAUUAUUUUUUGUCUCGCGUUCCACAUCUAGAGCUCAAAAACUUUUUCGUGGUAAAUCAAAAAAAAGUGUCCUUGUCAAUCUACUUUCGCAUUGAUUUGUUGAUUUUAGCGUCCCACAUAAAUUUUUUCAAGUCUCAAAAAUGCGUUUGGGUUGUAACUCACAUCUGGAUUUUUUCUUUGUCUCUUUUGUCAACUCAUAAAUUAUAUUUCACUAUUUCGCGCAUCUGUUUGACCGAAACCUUGUAACUUGAGUUAUUUAUUCCGUCGGACCCCCCCACAAAAUGGGCGUGGUCAGAUGAGUUUUUGAAAAAAAAAUCAUUCUGAUCCCUCUUCUUGUGAGCUCAAUGCCACCUGAAUCAAUUUUUGAAUGUUCAAUUUGUUACCAGAACUUCAACUAUGAUAAAAAUUGCCCAAAAGUCUUGCGUAAGUCAAUUCAAACAUUGUUUUUCUGAUUGAAAUUAAUCAAUUUACAGCAUGUGGUCAUACAUUCUGCAAUAGUUGUUUGUUAGCAGUCAAGAAAACCGAAAACAAUAUAGAGACCGUUCAAUGUUUCAAAUGUCGUCUCAAAUCAGAUUGGAGUAGACUAGUUUCAAACUUUAUCAUUUUGUCGAAUCUGGAUGAAGCUCCAUCGCACAAAACAUCAUCUAGUGUUCCACCACAUUUUCCGGGUCAUCCAAAUUUCACUCAACAACAUUCCUGGUCAUCAUGGAACAUUCCUCAAAUUAAUACACAACUUUUUCAUUGCAACAAUUGUUCAAUUACUGUUAUGAGACAUUCUCAAAGUAAUGAAUUGAACUGCACUACUAAUGUGAGUUAAUCAAUGUUUUGUGAUCAGACUUUGGAUGUUUUUUCUUACAGCACUUUGAAGUUACAAAGGAUGGUGUAAUCAUCAAGCGUACGCAUGAAAGUUCAUGGCCCCAUAAUUCACCGAAUCAACCGUCAUCUUCGCAAAAUUCUUCUGCCAAUCAGAGACACGAAAACAACAAAAAAUAA